AUGGGGGAAUAACAGAGAGUGACUUGCUAUAGGAUAAGAGUCUUGAUGUUGAUAGGCCAUGGAUGAGAGGCAGAACAGCUCCAUGGCUUCUGUCUCAGCCUGUGGUUCCCAUUUUCUUCUGCAACACCAUGUAGCAUUGUUACGGAGGACCGAACUCCACAUUCUCCUCCUGAUGCAAAAGCAUUGUUGCACGAAGGUCUUUACAUAUGAUUGGACCACUCCCCACCAGUCUCCCUCAAGAUUCCAUUUUUUGUGCUCAUAAACCCCCCUGUCUCUCUCUCUCUCUCUCUCUCUCUCUCUCUUGUCUUCUUCCACCGGGACACCCAAAAAGAGGUGCAAAUCUGUAGUUACUGUUCUGUAUUUCUCAAGAGGCCGAUAAGAGCCAACAGUCGGCUGUUCUCCCACACAAAUCCUCAGGAACCCAAAGGAAGCGUUUUUGUUCCCAGCUUUCUUUAGCAGUGAGAGAUCAAAAAGUGUUCUUUCUUUCCUUUCGUCUCUCUGGCUUCUUUGGCUGGUGUGGAGAUGAAGCAGCUGGAUAACGGGAAAGGGCGCAGGGUCCACCCAACCCCACUAACGGGGGCAGCGGCGACGCGGGACCUCCUGGCUGCGCUCCCAGCGACGGUGCUGGCCCUGGCAGCGACGCUGACUGCGGCGGAGCAGGAGGUCCUGGCGUACUUGCUCUCCGGAGGAGGCGGCGGGGGGAGGUGGAGGGAGCGGCGGCGGCGGCGGGCUCACCCGCCGGAGCUGGGUUGCGGGUGCUUCGGUUGCUACAAGAGCUUCUGGGCGCGGUGGGACGCGUCGCCAAAUCGACACGUCAUACACAGGAUCAUCGACAUCGUGGAGGAGAGCUCGGAGGCCAGAGAGCUUGACCGCGGGAGUGGCAGCAGAAGGAGAAGGCGGAGCGGCCGCGGCGGGAGGAAGGACGCUGGCUUGGCGGCGGAGGUCGCGGCAGCUGGGGGGGAGGAGAGCUUGGAGGUGGUGGGGAUGGGAUUCUCCCGGUUGGAUGGAGGACGCUUGGCGGACGAUGAUGGCGAGGACGGUGAUGAUGAUGGAGAGGAGGUAAAUGGUGGCAGCAACAGCAACAACAACGCUAAUGGAGGUUGCAACUCUGUGAGGAGAUUCAUGAGCUUCAUUGGGGAAAGAGUUUGGGGAGCUUGGAAUUGAAUGAAUGUAGACAGAGAGAUGGAAAAGGAGGGAGUUUUGGAUGCUGGAAAGGUCAGUUUUGAUGCCAUCUCCUGCCUUUUUCCUUGAAUGGUUUCUUCUCUUUGAUAGGGAGAAGUACUUGUACAUUUUCCUCUUGUUCGUUUGAGAAUUUACUCUCUCAGCAUCAAAAGACAUGCUUCAUUUGAAAAGAGGUAAGAUCUUUAAGCAUUUCAAGUUUAUUACAA